AUGCGAGCAACUCAAAGUCGGCAGAAAUCCUACGCCGAUAAGAGGAAGAGGCCACUCGAGUUUGAGGCUGGUGACCAUGUAUUUCUCAGGGUUACACCUACAGCAGGCAUAGGGAGAGCUCUGAAAUCGAGGAAGUUGACCCCUCGAUUCAUUAGCCCCUAUCAGAUUACAAGAAGGAUCGGACCAGCCGCGUACGAGAUUGCCUUGCCACCACACUUGGCAAAUCUGCACAACGUCUUCCAUGUUUCACAACUGAGGAAAGACGUGGCAGAUCCUAGUCAUGUGCUGGAGCAGGAUGAUGUCCAGGUGCGUGAGGAUCUGACUAUGGGAGUUGGACCAGUGAGAAUCUUGGAUUCUCAAGUGAAGCAGCUCAAAGGGAAGGAGAUCGGAACGGUGAAGGUGCUCUGGGAUGAGGCAACUCAGGAAAUGACAUGGGAGAUGGAGGAUGUCAUGAGGAAGUCUUACCCUCAUCUUUUCGCUGGUUCUCUUUUUCGAGGACGAAAAAUUCUAAAGGUAGGAGUAAUGUAA